AUGUGCGCAGUCAUAAUGGGGCUUAAGACACAUUUCACUUACAGAGAACCGGGAAACGUUUAUUCCUUGUUGAGCAACUUAGUAUUCAUGACUGUUUGCUUGAGAGGAAUUCUGGAGGUAUUACAUCUUGAAUUACCCCCUGAAUUGAAACAUGCGGGCCACAAACAGUUUCUAACUAAUAUCUCAGCUGUUGCUACUAUUGCAGUACAAUCGCUGUCAAUUAUUUGUCACUUGACUGGUUCUUGGACUCUUUUUCGGCUGAAAAAUUAUCUGCAUUCCAUUGCAACUUCAUUGGAAUUUGUAGUCAGUGUGAUUUAUUGGCCGUUGAGACUAUUUUUCACACACAUGAUUCUUUCUAAAGAAUCUUUCAUACCAUUGAGUACUGAUCUCUCCAUUCAUCUUGUACCAGUGGUAAGCCUUUUGUUCGAUUUUUACUUUUUCAUGCCUAAUUGGACAGUGACAAUCCCUCAGGCAUUUCUUAUCACUACACUGUUAGAUUUGUUGUAUUGGAAAUGGCUUGAUUAUGUCAUGGAUGGUUCCAGUAAGUUUCCAUAUCCAUUUUUGAAUGUUUCAGAGAAGGAAAGAAUGGUAAUAUUUGGAGCUGUGAUCUUAAUUGUAUUUGGGAGUUUCUUGGUUCAAAAACGACUUCAUAGCAGAGUGUGCCCUCCCAUUGAUGAUACUAUUGACACAAAAAAAGAGUAA